AUGGCUGCGAUCAAGAAGCCUGUGGUAUUGGUAACGGGGGGAAGAGGGUUGGUGGGCAGAGCCAUUCAGGAUGAGGUUGCCGCGCUUAAUGCCUCUCAUCCCGGUGCAAGAGCAGAGUGGCACUUCGUCCACUCAGGAGAUGCCGACCUUCGAGACCCCGAGGCUACGGCAGCUCUCUUCGACAGAGUAAAGCCAAGUCAUCUCGUCCACUUAGCGGCCCGUGUCGGAGGUCUCUUUGCUAACAUGCAGGACAACCUCGGUUUUUUCGAGGACAAUCUCAAGCUCAACAGUAACGUACUUAGUAAUGCCGCCCGUGUUGGGGUUAAAAACGCCAUAUUCUGUUUGAGCACUUGUGUGUUCCCAGCUGAUGCCAAAUUGCCUAUAACGGAAGAGGACCUGCAUAAGGGGCCACCGCACUUCUCGAAUGAGGGAUAUGCCUAUAGCAAACGCAUGAUGGAGUGCCAAGUUCGAUACUAUCGGAAAGCAUACAACUUGCCCAACUGGUUGUGUGUGGUCCCCACUAAUAUCUACGGACCAUAUGACAACUUCCACUUGGUGAAUUCUCACGUCAUACCGGCGUUGAUCAGGAAGUGCUACGACGCAAAGAAAAACGGCGAGGCCUUCGUCGUGUUGGGUACUGGCAAGCCUCUACGUCAGUUCAUAUACUCAAAGGAUAUGGCUAGGAUCAUUAUUCAUCUACUCUUCAAACCGCCACGCACGGGAGAUGUAGAUUCUAGGGUGGGCCCUGCGGUAGACAUAGUUUCGUAUAUCUGUUGUGGUGACGAAGACUCCGAGGACGGUGAGCUAAGCAUAGCCGAUGUGGCCAGGGGCAUCGCUAAGGCCAUGGACUUCCGUGGGAAAAUAAAAAUCUGCUUCAUAAUGCUUAGCGCCAUAUCGCGUUGA